AUGACGAAAAAAAUAAAGAUUGAGAAUGAUAUGAUAAUUAAACGGGGUGAAGUCUACAAAUUCCGGGUUAGUCGCCAAGAAACCGAAGGCACCGAACAACAGAAAAAUCGCCCGGCAGUAAUUGUCUCUACUAAUCGCUUAAAUAAGAAAAAUGUUCGUUUUGUGGCAAUUCCUAUUACUAGCAAAAAAUUAGAAAUAAUUCGCCCUUUUGAAGUUCCAGUAAUGGUUGCUGCUAGGAAAGGUAAGGCUUUAUGCGACCAAGUGCGAAUAUAUAACGAAAGUCGAAUAAUUAAAAAAGAGGGAAAAUUAGGAACUUUAAGCGAAAGAGAAAUAAAAGAAAUUGGCGAAAAGCUUUUAUACCUUUUAGAUUUUGAAGAAUUAGAAAAACUAACUAAAAGCCCUUACGAUUACCUAAUAAUUGACGGACCUGCUCGCAUUAGUGAAGGAACUUUAAAUAUUGCCAAGGUGGCUGAUUUAAUUAUUCAGCCGGUCGGUGCUUCCUUGGAUGAUUUAAAUCCGGCUAUUAGAGAAUUCAACAGUUUAUUGAAGGCAGGAAUUCCUAAAAACAAGUUAGCUUUUACACUUAAUCGGAUUAGUUCAUUAGCUGAGGAAAAAGCUGCUAGGAACUAUUUAGAAAAAACGGGUUAUUAUAUUUUCCCUCUCUCUUUAUCCGAGGAAAUAAGUUAUCGGGAAGCCCAAAAUGAAGGAAAAGCCAUUAGUGAGAAAUUAAAAGCCAUAUCCUACGAGGAAAGAUUAAAGUAUGUGGAAGUGUUGGAGAAAGCGUUAGAGUGUUAUGAAAAGCAACGAAAAAAUUAA